AUGGAGAAUGGUUUGCCAACUCAUAAAAUCCAAUCAUGUCGUAAAUUGGACUUUGAAGAUGUUGACUUACAGGAGAUAAAUGAUAAUGCCUUACCUCUUUGUAUUACUGAUGGCAAUCAAGAAAAUCAAAUUUUUCUUCAUCUGGCUAUACCAGAUGACUUUGUACCGAAACUUGGCAUGAAAUUCGAUACUAAAGUAGCAGUUAGAAAUUUUUACCAAAAAUAUGUCAAAACAUCUGGUUUUGGAACUCGAUUGAGUAAGGGACAUAAAGACAAAAAUAGUGAUAUGAUGUUGGACAAGAUUUUUUGCUGCUCCCAUGAAGGAAAAAGGCCAAGAGACAAACGCAAUAUGAUUGUUAAGUGUCCUCGUCCAGAAACAAGAUGUGAUUGUGGUGCAAGGAUAAAAAUCAGCUGUAGACAAGCUGGAAAAUACCGUGUUGUGCAAUUUGUUGCUGAACAUAAUCAUGAGCUAUCAACUCCGAGCAAGACUCAUUUAUUCAAAUCUCAUAGACACAUGACAAUGGCACACGAAGCUGAAAUAGAUAUGACCCGAAAUUACGAAAUUGCACCAAAACAAUCGAUUGAACUGAUAUCGAAACAAGUUGGUGGACGAGAAAAUCUUGGAUUUAUUCGAGAUGAUUUAAAAAACUAUUUACGAUCCAAAAGAUCUAUACCAAUGAUGCAAGGUGACACAGGAGGAAUCUUAGAGUACUUACACAGGAUGCAAUUAGAGGAUCCAAAUUUUUAUUAUGCCAUUCAAGUAGAUAAAGAUGACUUGAUAACUAACAUAUUUUGGGCUGAUGCAAAGAUGAGAAUGAAUUUUGCUCAUUUUGGUGAUGUGGUUUGUUCUGAUACAACUUAUAGAAAGCACAAAGAUGGGAGGCCAAUUGCAUUGUUCGUUGGUGUAAAUCAUCAUAAACAAACUACAGUUUUUGGGGCUGCUUUAUUAAAUGAUGAGACAAUUGGAACAUUUGAAUGA